CCUCCAAACCAAACCCAACAAACACCGCUCCUUCUCCCAUCAAAGUCUCUCCUCUCUUUGGCUACCUUCCACUUGAUCAGGACUCUUCACGUGUCCCUCCGGUGGCCGGAAAAACCAGAUGGAGGAGCCGCUGCUGAACAGCGGAGCCGUCGUGGACUACGAGCCGGUGACAAGCUUCAAGCAGGCUAGGGAGAUCGCAUGGAAAGAAACAGUGAAGCUAUGGAGGAUUGGAGGGCCUAUAGCCUUCACCAUAAUCUGCAACUUCGGCACCAACUCCGUCUCCACCAUGUUCGUCGGACAUAUCGGAAACCUUGAGCUCUCCGCCGUCUCUAUCUCUCUCUCCGUCAUCAGCACCUUCUCUUUCGGCUUCCUGCUUGGUAUGGGAAGUGCACUAGAAACAUUAUGUGGACAAGCAUUUGGAGCUGGACGUGUUAACAUGCUUGGUAUCUACAUGCAAAGGUCAUGGAUCAUUCUAUGGACUACCUGCAUAAUCCUCACGCCCCUCUAUUGCUUCUCUGCGCCAAUCUUAAAGCUUCUAGGCCAAGAUGCUGAUGUAUCCGACCUCGCAGGGACAUUCACCGUGUAUGUGAUCCCUCAGCUAUUCUCACUUUCCAUCAAUUUCCCUUGCCAAAAGUUCCUGCAGGCACAAAGCAAGGUCUUGGUCCUUGCUUGGAUCGCAUUCAUCGCCCUGAUGAUUCACAUUGGACUUCUUUACCUCUUCAUUUAUGUGUUGGAUUGGGGGAUAUAUGGUGCAGCUGUAGCUUAUGACAUUACAGGUUGGGAACUUGUGAUUGCUCAGCUUAUUUAUAUAUUUGGUUGGUGUAACGAAGGGUGGAGCGGGUUUUCAUGGCUGGCGUUCAAAGACAUUUGGGCCUUUGUGAAGCUUUCUCUUGAAUCGGCUGUCAUGCUUUGCCUUGAGAUUUGGUAUAUGAUGAGUAUCAUCAUUCUUACUGGCCAUCUUGACAAUGCUGUCAUCUCUCUUGAUUCGCUUUCUAUUUGCAUGAAUGUCAAUGGAUGGGAAGCAAUGCUGUUCAUUGGAAUCAAUGCUGCUAUUAGUGUUCGAGUUUCUAAUGAACUUGGAUUGGGGCGUCCAAGAGCAGCUAAAUACUCGGUCUAUGUGACAGUGGCUCAGUCUCUGCUGAUUGGAAUUCUCUGCAUGGUUAUCAUCUUGAUUUCCAAAGACUACUUCUCUGUCAUCUUCACUAGCAAUGCUGAAUUGCAAGCAGCUGUUUCAAAGCUAGCAUGGCUUCUCGGAAUCACUAUGGUUCUCAACAGUGUCCAGCCUGUGAUUUCAGGUGUUGCUAUCGGAGGCGGAUGGCAAGGAAUUGUGGCUUAUAUCAACUUGGGUUGUUACUACAUUUUUGGGCUCCCAUUUGGAUUCAUUCUUGGUUAUGUUGUAGGCUGGGGAGUGACAGGGAUUUGGGGAGGCAUGAUAUGUGGAACAGCUCUUCAAACAUUGCUGCUCGUUAUAAUACUUUACAGAACCAACUGGAACAAGGAGGUGGAAGAAAGUUCGUCCCGAAUGAAGAGAUGGGGUGGACAAGAUAUAAAAGGCGAGACGACAGCUGAUAGUAUUAUAAUGUCAGGAUGGCCGAGUGGUCUAAGGCGCCAGACUCAAGUUCUGGUCUUCGAGAGAGGGCGUGGGUUCAAAUCCCACUUCUGA